CUGAACUUUAAAGUUGACUAACAUUGCCAAGUUUAACAGUGCAUUUAACAGUCGCUUUACAGCUGUUCGCUUGCCGUCGCAAUGUUAUCGAAAAGCGAUGUAAGAUGCACAGCUGAUUUGCAGAAGUAAACAAACAAACGGCUGCUUUUAAGUUGGGCAAAUAAUUUAUUUUCAGCUUAAAUUAAGUUUAAUCCCUAGCUGGAUGAUGUCAGUUUUAGAUGCAGCCAAGUGUCGAGUGUGCACUUGUUCCCUAGCUGCAGCAGAUGUUUGCUACGACAUGCGGCAAUUACCCAAAUUGGCGCACAAGUUUGUCACCUGCACAAAUCUAAACAUUUUGGAGGAGGAGCGUCUGCCAAGUAAACUCUGCCAGGUGUGUCACGAUCAGCUGGAGCUGCUUUAUGCAUUUCGCGGCAGGUGCAUUGCAGCUGAUGCGCAAUGGCGCUUGGAAUUGGAGGAUAUUAAUACCCAUGACAACCUGAAGAUGCUGGAGGAUCGGGAAACUGUUCUAGAAGCUGUCGUAGAGCUACAGGAAUGCAGUUUAAACAGUGUCAGCAAGAGGCGUACAAGACAACAAAGCAAAGAGGCUAAAAGAGAGCUAGAGCAAACUGAAAUCUCAACGGAGGAGCCGCAUUUGUUGUCCAAGUCAACAACAACCAGCUACAAAUGCGACAUCUGCGACACGCGCUUCUUGGUGGAGCAUCGUCUGCUGGCGCACAAGCGACAGCAUGAGGGAUUAAUGCCAUAUCCCUGCACUGAGAUUGGCUGUGAUCGGGCCUUCAAUCGAUUGCACUGUCUGUCGGAGCACCUGAAGCAACAUGCGGGCAACAGUAGCUGGUUUAGCUGCGAGCAAGAGGGCUGCCACAAGAGUUAUCGCCACAAGCCCACGUUGAUGAUGCACAUGAGAAGAAGCCACAAAUUGGGACCCGAAUUAAAGUCGCACGUUUGUGAAUUCUGUGGCAAGGUGUUCAAUUCAACGGCUGUGUUGAACGAUCAUCGCUAUACGCACAAGGACAAGUCGGAGCUGCCACAUGCCUGUCCAGAAUCCGACUGCCCGCGUCGUUUCUCCAGCAAGGAGAAGCUAAAGGUGCAUCUGCUGCGUCACGCGGGAAUCAAGAACUUUAGCUGUCCCUAUUGUGGCAUGCGCAAGACCACAAGGAAUGAGCUGAAGAUUCACAUGAACUAUCAUACGCUGGAGCGCACUUGGCCCUGUCGCUUCUGCUCCAAGGUGUGCAACAGUUCCGGCAAUCUCAAGAUGCAUGUGCGCACAGUGCAUGAGCGUGCCCGGGAUUAUGCCUGCAGCUACUGCGAGCGCAGCUUUGCCAAGCCGGAUACCCGCAAAUACCACGAGAUGACGCACACCGGCGAGAAGCCGCACGAGUGCGAGGAAUGUGGCAAGAGAUUCACACAACCUGCGGCUUUACGCACUCAUCGCAAGAUUCACGAGAGACAACGCAAGCAAACGGAUGAUAAAUUGGGAGUCUAUACGGUUGUGAUUACGCCGUCCACUGAAACAGCUGCUCUAGAGGCUGUGCCACAGCAAAGUGACUGUACAAAAGACUCAACUUGAGUAUAUGAUAUAUAUUUUUGACUUAUAGUAAAUGAAACCAAAGAUAAAAGAUUUGUAAUCAAAUUUCCAAUCAAAAUACUGAAAGAGUUUACAGAUAGCUUAGCUUAUCAGACUACAAAAUACACUCAAGCUUCGCUAUAGUCAACCUUUGUAUUACAAAAAGCUCACUAUUUAUUAAGAAUUG